AAAAAAUAUUAUUUACAAUAAAAAAAAGAUGACAGAAAUUAGAGAAUUGAUUCUAGAUAAAUUCUUCUCACCAAACGGGGGCAUUCCAGAUCAAAAAGAUUUCAAAGUAACAACCUCAAAAUUUGAUGAAAAUAAACCUUUAGAAAAAGAUCAAAUUUUAAUUAAUUUGGAAUAUAUUUCAGUAGACCCCUAUCUAAGGGCAAGAAUGCAAGGUGUUCAUACUUUUGUUGAUCCAUUUAAAUUACAUGAACCAAUUAAUAGUGGCUGUGUAGCAAAGGUUUUAAAAUCAAAUUGUCCAAGAUUCAAAGCAGGUGACCAUGUUAGUGGAUAUUUUAAUUGGCAAGAAAAACAAAUUGUUAACGUAACAAAGGAAGUGGUAAAAGUUGAUCCUAAUCUUGCUCCAUUACCACACUUUGUGGGUGUUCUCGGUAUGACUGGUUUAACAGCAUACUUUGGUUUGGUUUUAAUAGGAAAACCAAAGAAAGGUGAAACUAUUGUAGUUUCUGCAGCUGGUGGAGCAGUAGGUUCAAUUGUAGGUCAAAUUGGUAAAAUACUUGGUUGUAGAGUAGUCGGUAUCUGUGGUUCAGAUGAGAAAGCAAAGUUUCUAAAAUCAGAAUUUGGUUUUGACGAGGUUGUUAACUAUAAGAGCUCCACAUACGAAAAAGAUCUAAAAAAUGCAUGUCCAAAAGGAAUUGAUAUAUAUUUUGAAAAUGUUGGAGGAAAAAUUGCAGAUCCAAUUUUAUUCUUAAUUAAUAAGCAUGCACGUAUCCCAGUUUGUGGAACAAUUUCAACUUAUAAUGCCCCAAUUGAAAAGGACAUUGGUCAAAGAGCUCAAUAUUUUAUCUUUUCCAAACAAGCAUUAAUGCAAGGUUUCUUAGUAUUUGAUUACUCUGAACAAGAAACUAAUGAGGCAUUAAAGCAUUUAUCUCAAUGGAUUAAAGAAGGGAAACUUAAAGAAAAAAAUGUUAUCUUCAAAGGAUAUGACCAUAUUAUUGAGGCUUUUACAAAAUUAUUCAAUACAACAAACAACACUAACAUUGGAAAAGUAGUAAUUGAUGUAACCGAUCAAAGUGGUAGUUCUAAAGCUCAACAAUAAUAUUAUUAAUAAUAAUAAUAAUAAAUAAAAUAUUUUCAUUUUAUCAAAUUAU